CCUCCUCCUCCUCCUCCUCCUCCGCCUCCUCCCGUCCGCGGCAGCCGCGGCCGGCCGCACCGAGGAGGACGACAGGGGCCCGCGCAGCCCGCCACGGAGCCGGCCGCAAGCGUGUGUCCGCCGCUGGGCGCUCGUGUCUCGCGUCUCGCUGAUGCUGCCGAGCCUGACGGUAGCCGAAGGGGACGCUUGCGAGCUGGCUGACGUCGCAUGUCUGGGUCGUCAUUGUCGGCACCGCCGCUUUGGGCCUGGUCGGCCGCCGACGCCGCGUCGUCAAGGACGUGGGCUCUUCUGGCGGGUCUGGGCUGACUGGCGGAGGCAGUGCGUUAUCCUGGCGGAGGGCACUCUGGCUCCUAAUGCUGGUCAUGCUGCUCCUACAGCCCGGAACAUCGCAGGCCUUACACUGUCACGGCGACAUCCAGGCUGGCGAGGAGCGGCAUGAGGCGCUGUCGGUCGAUUCCGCGGUGGACGUCAAGUUGUCGACGUCGAGCGCUAUGACAGCGGCAGCACAGGACAAGACCCCCUGCGACCCGGCGGAGAUGCCGAAGUGGGCGAAGGACGCGUGCGACAAGAGCAAAACGUUGUGGUGCGGGCGGAGGUGCGCGCGGGCGCUGGCCGCGGGACCGCCGCCCGGGGCUGUCCCGACAGAGGCCCCGCCCGUGCUCGCGAGGCCGGCGCAGGACUUUGAGGCUGGAGGGCGUGGCCUGGGAAGCGCCGCCCUCUGUCGGAUCGGCAGGACCCUGCCCAGCAUCACGGCGCCGGCGUCGGACCCCGCGAAGGAGGUCCACCCCCCCUGGUUGCCAGCGAGCGGUGCCCCCCGCGCCGAGCGGGCGGCGCCCCCGC